UCUUACCUCAGCUCCUUCUCUCCCCGGGGUGAAGGUGGGUCCAGACCCGCCCCUCCUCGGCUUCCUAUAAGUACUGGGAACCUGGGGCUGCUGGGUCACACACCAUGAGGCCGUCCGUGACACCGAGAGCCUUCCUGCUGGCCUUCACGCUGCUGGGCACCCUGCUGGGUCUCGGGUGCCCGCUGAGCUGCGAGGUGUGCAGGGGCUCCGGGCCCACGUGCAGCGGGAAGAUAAAGACUUGCGAGGCCGGCAAGGACGCCUGCGUGGCCAUCGUGGGGGAGUCGAGCACCAAGGGCCACCACUCAGUGAACAGCUACAAGGCCUGCAUGAAGUUCAGCGACUGCUACUCUGGUUUCGUGUCCACCACCAUGGGCCCCAAGGACUACAUGGUGUCCAACACGCACUGCUGCCAGAGUGACGGCUGCAAUCAGGGCUCGGUGCCCCCUCCCCAGAACAACCGUACUGAGAAUGGCCUCCAGUGUCCCGCCUGCAUCGUACCCUUCCAGGAGACGUGCCCGGGGACCCAGGCAGCCCGCUGUGUCGGCCAGGAAACCCACUGCAUCUACUUCGCUGGCAAAGUGCAGGCUGGUAUCAUCAACACCAGGUUUGCCACUCGAGGCUGUGCCACAGAGAGUGCCUGCAAUACCAAGCCUGGCGCUGAGGUGCCCUCAGCCUCCUAUCUCUACUUCCUCCGCCGAGCAGACUGCCUUCCAGCCCCCCAGACCUCUGGCAGGGGCGAGUGAAGAACUGAGGAAGGGGUGGCUUGAGGUCCCCAUCUGUCCUCAGCCUGCAGCUCCGUGUGCUUACAAUUAAACAGAUUAACUGAGCAAGCCUGAGUCUUUGUAACAUGAUGCAUCGCAGGGCGGUGUGUUGUGGAGAGAGAGGGGGAAACCCUACUUUUAUUAAGGGGUUACUCCAUGCUGAGACCCUGUGCUAAAUGUUUUCCAUGCUGUACUUCAUUUCAUAACCACAGCAACACUACCAUUGACAUUAUUAUCCCCAUUUUACAGAUAAACAAACUGAGGCACAGAUUAGGGUGUCAUUUGCCUUGGGUCAACUCCUAGGGAGGAUCAGAGUUAUGAUCACUUCUGAGUAAGCUUGCCCUCUUUUUGCCUGUUUUCAUGUCGGCAAAAUGUGGAUAUUAAUAGUUAUAACCUCACAGAGUUGUAAGAGUGAAAUAAAAUAAUAAUAAUAAUAAUAAUAAUAAUAAUAACUAAAAAGAGCACUUAGUGCAGUGCCCAGCACCUUUCAGGCAGUGUUGCUUUUAGAGAUAAUAUGCCUGAGUAAGUAGCAAUCAUCAUAAUGGCUGCCACUUACUGAAUGGCCAUUAGUCUGCAGGUGCUAAACAUUGUCCUUGAUCAGGACAGGCUAGAUUAUGCUACAGUAACAAAGAAGCCCCUAAUUUUAUUGGCUUAAAACAACAAAGUGGUAUUAGUCAACUCAUGUGCGGGCAGGCUGUGUAACAAAGCAUCUCAAACCAGACAUAACAAUAAGCAUUCUUCUUUCUGGAGGGCUUGUGGGAGGCUGAGGUGGCUCUGCUCCUGGUCACGCUUCGGCUGAUUUGGCUCUAGUUUCGGGAGGAUUCAAGUUCUCCUCUUUGGGGUUCCACAAACCUCUGGGAUUAGUGGCUCCCUGGCAGGUCACAGGAGCACAAAAGCCAAGUGCACUGAACGCGCCUGCUGAGGUCAGGCCUGCUAACAUUUCACCAAAUAAAUCAUCCGGUCAAAGCCAACCUUCAGGGAGCAGGGAUGUGUCCUCCCCUCCAGUGGAAGGGAGAGGAAUGGUAUGUGUUGAACAAGCACCCACUCACAAGAGUUUGAUUCUUCCUUCACCUACGUGUUGUGUUUGGCACCACCCAUAGGUGUCCUGCUUAUCAUCCUAAGGCAGUCACCAACUUGAACACUGCCCAUCUCUGUGCACAGGCAAGUCUCACAUGGGUGGUUAAAUGCCGUGACUCAGAAGUGACUUGACACAGCUCUUCAGAUGGAGCUGGUCACAUGGCCCCACCAAACCCCGUGGGGGCCAGGAGUGCAACCCUAUCCUGCGACGUGGACAUGUUCCGUAGACAGCAUCAGUGGCCACUCUGGCCUCUUAGGGGCACUUUCUCAUCUUCGCGACUUCAUGUGAGAGGCACUAUUAUUCUCCUUCCUGUUUUCAGGAAAAGAAUUUGAGGCUCAGAGGGAUGUCACAUUGGAGUUCACAGAUAAAAAGUGGCAGAGCUUAAGAUUUUAUUUAAUUGGUCAUGUUGAGGGGGUAAAGAGACCACGUCACAGAGAGAAGGAACAAGCCUGUAUUAGCUAUCGUUUACUGUGUAAUAAACCAAUCUAAAAUUCA